AUGCCGACGUUCGACACUGCCUCGGCCAUCGUCAGCGCCAAGUCGACAAUCGGCCGCCACCUGCUGCACAUCGAGGCCUACUCAGCCGCGGAGGACCUAGCGACUACAUAUCCGUCUUCCUCGUCCUCGAGGACGACAUCCCAGAGCCCGCCGACGCGGAAGCCACCUUCCAUCUGCUCGACUUACACCCAGUCCACGGGCUUCAGAAAGUACUUGCGAAGUACCGUCGCCGGCGUCUUCGUCUGCAAGCACGGCAUCCUUACUUUCAUCAGGAGGGAGGUCCUGGAGGCGUCGGAAUACCUCGUCGACGAUUGCUUCAUGAUCAGAUGCGACGUCACCGUUAAGAGGCGGUGCUACACCGAGAACAGGGGGCAUGUGCCGCCGUCCGACCUGCACCGGCAUCUCGGUGACCUCCUCGCGUCAAAAGAAGGCGCCGAUGUCACGUUCCAGGUCGCCGCCGAGACGUUCAGUGCGCACCGGAGCAUUCUCGCCGCCCGCUCGCGAGUGCUCAAGGCAAAGCUCCUUGGGAGGACGACGACGGGCACGGGGGCCUGCUGCGUAAUAAGGAUCAGUGAUAUGCUGCCUCGGGUGUUUGAGGCCUUUCUGCAUUUCGUCUACACUGAUUCGCUGCCUGCAGAGGUGAUGAUGACUGGGUGGCAAGACGACGAAGACGAUGGAUCCAUGGCGUACCACCUGUUGGAAGCGGCGGACAGGUACGACAUGCAGAGGCUGAAGCUGAUUUGUGAGGAGAAAUUGUGCUGGCAGGUAGAGAUCAACACAGCUGCGACCAUGCUGAUGUUCGCGCAGCAGCACCGGUGCCACAGGCUCAGGGAGGCCUGUGUUGACUUCCUCAGGUGUCCCCACGCACUGAACGCGGUCAUGGCAACCGAGGGCUUUCAGCAUCUUGUUCAGAGCUGCCCUGCUCUUUUAAAAGACUUAAUUUCCAAGCUUGCUCGCGUUGAUUGA